AGAGAGAGAGAGAGAGAGAGGAACCAACAACGAAAAAACUGGACUUGGUUUGAAAUUGGAGAGAAGCAAUUUUGGGAAAUCUAGAAAAUUAAUCGAUUUCGUCUGGAUCUUGCUAUAUCUGUUCGUUCGAAUUGUUUGAUUGUGUUAAAUUGUUGGAGUUGACGAUAAGUGAAGAAAGAAAGAUGGGGAAUUUAUUCGUGAAGAAACCACAGAUCACGGAGGUUGAUCGAGCGAUUCUAUCUCUUAAAACCCAAAGACGCAAGCUUGCUCAAUAUCAGCAAAAGCUUGAGAAAGUGAUUGAAGCGGAGAAGGAAGCUGCAAGAGACUUAAUCCGAGAAAAGAGAAAGGACAGGGCUUUGUUAGCUUUAAGGAAGAAACGGACUCAGGAAGAUUUAUUGAAGCAGGUUGAUCAGUGGGUCAUUAAUGUUGAACAACAAUUGGCAGAUAUUGAACUUACGAGCAAACAAAAGGCAGUGUUUGAGAGCUUAAAACAGGGUAAUAAUGCUAUUAAGGCCAUUCAAAGCGAGUUGGACCUUGAUGAUGUUCAAAAACUAAUGGAUGAUACUGCUGAUGCUAAAGCUUAUCAAGAUGAGCUGAAUGCUAUAUUGGGAGAGAAACUAUCAGAAGAGGAUGAAGAAGAUAUAUUAGCUGAAUUUGACAACCUAGAAAGUCAGCUUAUCGUCGAUGAGAUGCCUGAAGUGCCUACAAAGGAGUCCGAAGAAUCUGAGAAGCUGGAUCUUCCGGAUGUGCCAACAAAAACACCUGUCGCUUCCAAUGCGGAAAUCAAACCAGCUGAAUCCGCCACUAAAACAAAAGUUCUUGAAGAACCUUUGCCGGCUUGAGCUAGAAGAAACUGAUCUGCAAGACAGACGAUUUUAUCAUUCUUUUAGCACUUUCUAUUUUUGUGUGUCUUUGUUGCUCUUGAAGUCACUGUCAAAAUUGUAUAUUUGGAAUCCUGUUGUGUUUUAAUCGAAAGUCAACAUUCACUAAAUACUUUCCAGGCC